AUGGUCUACCCCUGGAAGGUCUUCUCCACCUGGGCCCCCUUCCAGAUAGAUGCGUUGGGCCUGGUGACUCUCCUUGGUGCAGAUGAAGUGAACCUCUCGGUCGGCCGGCUAGCACCCAGCCAAUGGCUCGAAUUUAUGCCACUCCUUGCCGGCUUUGUCUUCGCUGGUGACCGCUUCCGCGCCAAACAGCCAAUCUUCACAUUAUACAAUAUCUCCAGUGGAAUAGUAACAGGUAACCUCGCCGCCUGGUUCACUCGAUGGAUGAGCGCACAAGACUUUCAGCUCUCGCGGAGUUUAGUCUACUGGGAGAUUGAAGAUGUCUCGAAUUCAAAUUCGACAGUCCAAUUAAGGAAAUUUGUCGUCGCGGGGGUGAUCAGUUUUGUAUUCACAGGAUUCUUGCUCGCCAUGACAGUGCUGAGUGCGGAUUGGUAUGGGCUUGCUAAUACAAUUGCGAUCAUCAUCCUGAUUGCUGUCCGGUCGUACAUGUUACAGGCGAGUCGGAAUGCCAUUAAUCGGGCUGUUGCUGUUGCGAGACCGCUUCCGACGACUUUUCGGGGUGCGCUCUUGCAGUGGGAGAAUAACAAGAGAAAGAAUGGCAUUUCAGAGGCAGUGGAAGAGGCAUCCCGACCGAGGGAAAAUAGCCGGGAAUGGCGACCCGAGGUCGCUAAGGUCCUGGUGAUCAUGCCUGACUCCCGUGCGGUAACGAUGUUCAUCCCAGAGCAUCUGCUGCGUCCAAUCUUCGUGACAGAUGUCUAUCCAUUGUCUCCGUGGAUAUAUCGCAUUGCGCAAUGGAUCGGAUGGGUAUCAUUCGUGGUCCAUGUUGUUACCCUGGGAAUGGCAAACCUAGCGACGCAGUUAUAUGUCAUCGCCAUCAUGAUCAUCCCAACUAUUUUAAUCAGCUACGGCUUUGGCUGUGAUGACUCUCGAAUCUUCAAGGGGUGGCGGAAGUUCCACAACAACGACGACUCUCCGCCGUACAUAUACUGGGCCGGGAAGCGAUUAAAAGCGACAGUCAUGGAAUGGCCGCAAGAGGUUGAAUUCGCCAAAAAUAGUGAAGGAACCAUCAAUCGCCGGGAUCCCCUAGUGCAGGUAUCUCGGACACAACGCUCAACUGCACGGCAGGAUUUGUAUGCUUGGUUGAAUCUCAGUGCAGAGGAGCAGAAGAGCUUGUCGGACUGGCAUUUGCUUCCGCACACGCGUGGGAAAGAUGAUCCAUGGUGGAGGGAUUUUGAAGCGAAGCAGGCAUUGAUUCGGAAUGAUCCGCCCGAUCUACAUGCGUUCAAGGUAGGGGUUCAACAGGAGCUAGGAAGGAUGAAGGUCGGGGAGACCGUUGUGCGCGGGGGAAUAGUCGGCACGGUCGAUAUUGAGAAGGGGGAAAAAAAUCCCGUAAAAUAA